AAGGGCCCUAUGGCCGCCCAGGCCAAGUCCAAGUCCUCCUCUCUAGCAGCUCAGAGAGGAGGAGAAGAUGUGGAGGCUUCCAAGAAACGGGCCGCCGGCCAGAACAAGCAGCAUUGGAUAACCAAGAACACAGCCGAGCUGGACCUGGAGACUGAGGAGCUGCACCACGACCGGGUGACCCUGGAGGUGGGCAGGGGGAUCCAGCAGGGCCGGCAGAGCGAAGGGCUGACGCAGAAGGACCUGGCGACGAAAACCAACGAAAAGUCACAAGUCGUCGCUGACCGUGAGAGGGGCCAGGCCAUUCCUAACAACCAGGUUCUGGGCGAAAUCGAGAGAGCCAUCGGCCUUAAGCUCCGGGGGAAAGCCAUUGGGAAGCCGAUCGAGAAGGGGCCGAGGGCGAAAUGA